AUGGCCAGCCUGACACAGCUGCCGUGGGAGAUCCUCUUCGAAAUCAAGUCCUUUUGCACCGACAACGACUUAGGCUCCUUGUAUUUCGCCUGCAAGACGUUCACGGAGUGGCUACAACCUACAGUUUACGCCAAGGUUUCCCUUACCGCGAAGCCCUCGUGUGGCCGCCGGUUACAAGCCAUCGGCUUGGGCCCGCGCGCGAACUUCGCAUUGAUGUCCCUACACCUCCAAUUCCCGAAUCUCGAGUCCUUUUCCUUCGCGCCUGUCUACUAUCCGCGAGUAAAGUCAGAAGGACAAGAGGAUGGCUAUGCGGAUGAUUAUGCUGAGCACAUGGUGCCCUCGAUUGCACGCUUGAACGCAAGUCUAUGGGCGCUCUGUCAAAGUGCGGGAGCCUUUACUCGCCUGGAGGUCCACCAGCCUCCGCUAUGGCCCUACACUACUGGACCUCCUUAUCCUGCGCUCAGCUCAGCCAACCCUGCGUGGACGGAGCUGGUCGCUGGCCUGACAUCGUUGGACGUGGAACUGCAUGACCCCGUCGAGGACUUCUGUUACGAAUUCGAUAUUGAGCCGUGCCUAUACCUGAGCACCCUAUGCAGCUAUUUUAUUAGCUGUAUCCCGAACGUGCAGCAUCUACGCCUUACCGGUAGGCAGUGGCGCCAUCUGCUCGCGGAAGAGGUCGCGAUCCCCUGGAUGCGCUUGGAGAUGCCAUGCCUCAAGACCCUUCAUUUAGAAUGGACCCCAAUCGAUGAAGGGUUUUGCAUGUUCAUCGCGAAUCACUUGGUCAACCUCGAAGAAGUGCGCCUCCCCAACUGCGUUAGCCGCUGCAUCGAAACCUGGUCUCUUCUCGCCACCUGUAUUCUGGAAUUACGCCCUCCGUGGCUCGCCACGUUCGAAAUCACCCCUGCCCUUCCCGAAUAUUUCUUUCACGGCGAUGAACGGGUUCAAAAAGACGAUAUGCCCGACGAUCACGAGUACCAGCAGUUUUACGCCACCUCGAUCUGGACCGAGGUAGAGUGGCAGCUCAUUGAGGGGGAGGAUUCGUUUGACGAGGACGGCUUCAUCAUAUGGAUGUGGUCCAAGGUUCAGGCGUUGAUAGAGGAGAACAGGGAGGCGAGGCUCUCGGAGUUUUGA